AUGGGUGAAAUAAUGCAGGAAGAGGGCGCAUGGAAAGAUACUCUUAAAACAGGUACUAACACAGAUACCAAGCAUACAUUGGAACUCUCACAAUAUUGUCCUUCUUUUAAAACUAGAGAAGAUAUGUCAGAAAAUAUAAUUGACGUAUUAGAACAGAUAGAUCAAGAAUCCAACUUUCUGAAUGCUGAAAUUGAAGAAAGCACAGCUUCAAAGGAAACUGCACACCUACAAACAAAAGUAGUUCCAGACAUCUACAAACAAGAUAAAGCAGGCACUUUGACUACAAUGACUACAACAAUGUGUGGAACAUCACAAUUUCAAAAAACACCAACACAGCAUUAUGGAGAACAUUUAGAAUGUGAACAGGAGACAUCAAAUCCAAUAAAUCCAUCAGUUAGAAAACUGAAUUGUGAGCAUCAAACGAAAAUCAUUGCAAAGGCUCAUGAUGCACAGAAAUCUCUACCAGAAGAUUUAAGUCCACUUGCUGACUUCAUUUUGCUUAGGUCCAAACAGCUAACCAUUACUUCUCCUAUGGUCGAAGUCGAAAGUUCUAACAGUAAUAAUGUAAAUGUUGAAUCCAAGGUUGAAAAUCACCCAAUCCAGAUGAGAAAAAACAAUGUGACUAUUGAACAUUUGUAUAUACAAGCAGAUCAACAAAGAACAAGCACUGUUAUUGAGGUUCAAGCUUCAGAAAGUCAAUGCCGAGGUUAUUGCAUGCUUCAUGAUGUGGCAGUUUCUGUUCAGACUCAAUUAAAAGACAUAGGCACAGACUACAAUUUGAUGGGAAAUUUUGCAAUGCUAUCUUUCGAUAAAACAAGGUGGUUUUUAAAGCAACAUGAAAAGAAGGUCAAUAACAACAUGAAGGAAGUUCCCUAUGUCACUGCUGUUUUUGCCGUUUUCUUCUUUAGACGGGCCAUCAUCGAAAUGGGAGCUCUGGGACAUAUGACAUUAUGCACAUUUGAUCUUUUAGCUGUUCUUCUGAUGGAUGUCUCUGCUCAUGUUCUAUGA